UCCACGGGAGCGAGCACUGCUGUGGAUUACACCGGCCAGGGAAGAACAGGAGAGACGGGAACGCUGCUAUCUGACAAACCUGACAACUAGUGAAACUGUUUGACGCGGUGGUCGGUCGACAGGAAAGUUUACAGGAUUUUAACCUCGCUUGGGAACAUUGGACUGUGUUUCCCAGUCACCCACGGAGUGUCCCACCGCAGUGAGAAGCUCUGCUCAGGAAGCCAUGCUAGUAAACGUCUUCUUCUUGCGGUGAGCUGCCUGGUGGACAGUCACAGGCGUCAUGGCAGAACUGCCUAUUGCCCCCGGCGAGGUCUACAUCGAGGUGGAGUAUGACUAUGAAUAUAAGGCCAAGGACCGCCUCAUCACCAUCCGCCAGGGGGAAUGCUACAUGCUGGUCAAGAAAACCAACGAGGACUGGUGGCAGGUGAGGAAGGAGGAAGGGACCAAAGCUUUCUACGUACCCGCUCAGUAUGUCCGCGAGGUCCGCAAAGCCCUCAUGCCACCUCCUAAAGCUCUCCCACAUCCUCCUGCUCCCACUGGUAACACGACUCCACAAGGUGGGGGUGCAAUCUGGGUAAAGCCAACCAGUCUAGAGCUGGGACUCCAAGACAGGUCCUCUGAGAACCUUCACAGGCACGAAUCCAGCUACCGGCGUUCGCCCUCCGCACACACUGCCUCCUCUGGGCACUUCAGCCCCCCCAGUCAGCGCAGGGACAGUAACAACUAUCACCCCCCCAGCACUCCCACUGACCACGAGCGUGCUCUGGCUGACAUCCUUGUCCAAGGUGGAGCCCCACAUCCUGGUCAAAAAGGAGGAUCCAGCACUCUACCCCGCACCCGAGCUCGAUCUCCAGAUCUGGUUCGAGCCCCGCUGGACGUGGACAGCACUCAGCACUGUGACUCUGCUGGUGAAGAGAGACGCACCAACGACUCAGAGUCAGGAGACGAACUGAGCAGCAGCUCCACUGAACACCUUCAGACAGUAUCUUCGUCAGGCCACGGCCGCUCCGAGUCACCUGUCUACACCAACCUCCAGGAACUGAAGAUCACACAGACCAACUUGCCCCCUUAUCCCUCCGGCUCCCCACUCCAUGUGCUGGGCGACUGGGAGACCUACAAGGACCAGAACGGCAGGCACUUCUACUACAACCGCUCCACCCAGGAGAGGACCUGGAAGCCGCCACGAGCCAGAGACACCAGCACUGGGAGCUCCAGGGGAGACAGCCACAGCACAGGGGAGAGCUCCGAGACCACUCCUCUCUCGCUCUCGCCGUCUUUCCUCCCCUUCCUCUCGCUCUCCAUUGGUCGACUGCAGCCUCUGUCGUCGGAGGACACCUGCUUCAGUACCUACUCUAGCCAGUCUGACAGUCAGUAUGGCUCGCCGCCACGUGGUUGGUCGGAAGAGAUGGACGAGCAUGGCCACACGCUGUACGUCAGCGACUAUACUAAUGAGAAGUGGUUAAAGCACGUUGAUGAGCAGGGCAGACCGUAUUACUAUAGUGCAGAUGGUUCAAGGUCAGAAUGGGAGCUACCCAAGUACAAUCACUCCCCUCCUCAGCCAUCUGGAGACGCUCCAAAGAGUCGCAGUCUGGACAGGAAACAUGUGGAGCCCAUCGUCCUCACCAAAUGGAGACACAGCGCUUACGUCCCAGAUCCCAAUGACAAGGAUGCUCCUCAGGGCCCCAAGCCCCCCUCUCCUGACUCUGACUCCUGCCCUUCGUCUCCCAAGCCCCCUACCUCUCCAUCUGAAAAGUGCGGCAUUCUGAAUGUGACAAAGAUCACCGAGCAUGGCAAGAAAGUACGGAAGAACUGGACCUCUUCCUGGACUGUGCUCCAAGGAUCCACGUUGCUAUUUGCCAAAGGCCAAGGAGGCGGGACAAGCUGGUUUGGAGGUGGUCAGUCCAAACCAGAGUUCACUGUUGAUCUGAGGGGCGGCUCAGUGGAAUGGGCUUCCAAGGACAAGUCUAGCAAAAAGCACGUUAUAGAGGUGAAGACACGACAGGGAACGGAAUUACUGAUCCAGUCAGAAAACGAUGGUGUUGUCAGUGACUGGUAUCGAGCGCUGCAGGACACCAUUAGCACUCAUGCCUGGGAGUCUGAUGAGGCCAUUGAAGAGGACAUGCCAGAGUCUCCUGUGGAGAAACACGACAAGGAGAAAGAACACAGAGACUCAAAGAAAGGCAGAGCCAUGAAGACCUCCACCAGCAUGGACCAUUCUGACAACAAGAAGACCAGACACAAGCUGAAGAAGUUUCUGACACGCCGUCCCACCCUGCAGGCCGUCAGAGACAAGGGAUACAUUAAAGAUCAGGUGUUCGGCUGUAGCUUGUCCAGUUUGUGUCACAGGGAGAACAGCACGGUGCCGAUCUUUGUCAAGAUGUGCAUCGACCACGUGGAGAACAAUGGUCUGUGUGUAGACGGGCUGUACAGAGUUAGUGGGAACCUGGCUAUCAUACAAAAAUUACGCUUUGCUGUCAAUCACGAUGAGAGGGUGAACCUGGCAGAUGCAAAGUGGGAGGACAUCCAUGUGACAGCUGGAGCUUUAAAGAUGUACUUCAGAGAGCUGCCGGAGCCUCUCUUCACCUACGCUCUCUUCCAUGACUUUGUCAGCGCCAUCAAGAUUGCAGACUACAAGCAGAAAGUUCAGUCCAUCAAAGAUCUGGUCAGACAGCUGCCCAAACCUAACCACGACACCAUGCAGGCUCUCUUCAAACACCUCAGGAAGGUGAUCGACUAUGGCGAGGAAAACCGUAUGACCACUCAGAGCGUGGCCAUCGUGUUCGGCCCUACACUGCUGCGGCCUGAAACAGAGACCUGGAACAUUGCAGUCCACAUGGUCUACCAGAACCAGAUAGUGGAGCUAAUACUGCUGGAGUACGAGAACAUUUUUGGCAGGUAGAAAGAGACGCUGGAGGAUGAGCCUCUUUUUUGUCUCUUUUUCUCCCAACUCAGAGCUCUUCCUAACCCAGCGUGGCCCUGCCAAAAACAGCCCGGCUUGGCCCGUCCUGGCUUGGCUUUGCUUGGUCCAGCCCGGACCUGGGGCAGCUUCUCUUCAUCUCAAACCAACCUGCGGUCACUGGCUUCUCCAUUCGUACAACUUCCGGACCAAAGCCGAAAAUGUCAUGAACAAAAACGUAGAUGUAACUAAGUAGUGACCAAAAAAAAAAGUUUAGACUCUUUGCACUUUCAGUGUCUCGUUUUCUCCUGCAGCUGCAUUUGUGCCACUUUACUGCAAAGGUGACGUCCUCUUGUCCCGACACUGGAAUCCUAAAACGAAUUCAUGGGCCAAACAAGCCUCUUACUACUGCACAGACUGACUGAGACCAAAGCAGAGGAAUGGGCCUCAGUAGCCUCUAAUCACAGAGGAGACGUCAGUAUUGGAGGUUGGAGAAUGUACUGUACUGUAUAUCCUAUGAUCUGUAAAGACUCAUCACUCCUGUAUGAACCACACUGGGUAACUAACGGAAGAAAUCAAACUGCUGUGCUUGGCUUUAGACACUUAGAGAAGAAACAAGGAGAAGAAGGGAUGAUAUGGAGGUCUUUUAUUUAGGAACUAAAUGUUGUUUGAGCAUUAUCUCCCUUUCUUUUUCCUUUUAUUUUACAUAUUUUGUUCCCCUUCUACCUCUCUCUGAAUCUUCCUUUUCCUGAAAUACUGGAGCGGGGUCCUCUGAACACAUGAGAGGUUAUCACUCUGUAAUAUAUCUGCACGACACCUUCUCAUUUUGGCUUUAAGAACAAAUCGUCUUGCAGCGGUCAGAACUUGAAAAAAAGCAAACAAAUGGUACUCAGCUGUGUCUUUCCUCAACUCAUGGUUAUUAAGGCAAACGGCCUUUGAACAUGUCUCCACUGAUAAAUCUGUACAGUGUUUAUGUGUGUGCAUGUGAAUGAGGGUGAGGUGGAUGGAUGAAUGGAUUUAAUGGCAAUAUAUUGUACAAAUAGUAAAUAUAAAUACCUGGAAUGUUAAAAAUAUGAAAUGAGGGCGAAAUCACGAUUUUGUGAUCAGUGUGUAACCAACAGAUGUGAGGAAUAAAGUGAUGAGCAGGGGAUGUGGAGGUUUACUUGUGUGUCUGGUAAAUGGAAGAUUGUUGAAUGUAACUUUGGAGAGAAACUGUUGGCUUUAUCGAACCGGAAUAAAGACCUCUAAUAAGA